UCUAUGUAUUCUCCUCGUCAUUUGUACAGAACUGAACCUCAACUCUUGACGAAUUCUAGAAAGCUCUCUGUCCGAAAUUUGCUAAUGAUCAGCUCGCCUUUCUUGCAACCUUUCGGCAUUUCACAUGCAUAGCGCGGUGGCAACACCGUCACCUAAUCGGACUCAAACAGCAGAAGAGACAAUACAAUUAGCGGAAAAGCUUAGAGACAUGGCUUUAGUUCCAAGUGCAACUGUGAAUGAUGGCCCAUUGUUUGCGGAGGUUGAUAUGGGGGCUGAUGCCACUGCUCCGACCAUACGGGCCACCGUGGUGCAGGCCGCCACCGUGUUCUAUGACACUCCCGCCACUCUUGAUAAAGCUGAAAGGCUGCUUGCUGAAGCAGCCUCAUACGGUUCUCAAUUAGUUGUGUUUCCUGAAGCAUUCAUUGGUGGCUAUCCACGUGGAUCUACUUUUGGUGUUGCAAUUGGUAACCGUUCAGCCAAGGGUAGAGAAGAGUUCAGAAAGUAUCAUGCCUCUGCUAUUGAUGUUCCUGGUCCUGAAGUUGAUCGGUUGGCUGCUAUGGCUGGAAAGUAUAAGGUGUAUUUAGUAAUAGGCGUUAUAGAGAGGGAUGGAUACACUCUAUACUGUACUGUCCUGUUUUUCGAUUCUCAAGGUCGAUUCCUCGGAAAGCAUAGGAAAAUCAUGCCUACAGCACUGGAGCGCGUCAUUUGGGGAUUUGGUGAUGGAUCGACAAUUCCUGUUUUUGAGACACCGAUUGGCAAAAUUGGUGCUGCAAUUUGUUGGGAAAACAGAAUGCCACUUCUAAGGACAGCAAUGUAUGCAAAAGGUGUUGAAAUAUACUGUGCGCCCACAGCUGAUGCCAGAGACGUUUGGCAAGCAUCAAUGACCCACAUUGCUGUUGAAGGCGGGUGUUUCGUCCUAUCGGCCAAUCAGUUCUGCAGAAGAAAAGACUAUCCACCUCCGCCUGAUUACGUUUUUACUGGCACAGAAGAGGAUCUUCUGCCUGAUUCAGUUGUUUGUGCCGGUGGUAGCGUCAUCAUUUCGCCGAUGGGAACUGUGCUGGCGGGUCCAAAUUAUGAAGGGGAGGCACUCAUAUCUGCUGAUUUAGAUCUUGGAGAGGUGGCUCGUGCCAAAUUUGAUUUUGAUGUGGUCGGGCAUUAUUCUCGACCUGAAGUUCUCAGUCUCACCGUUAAGGACCACCCCAUGACUCCAGUUUCCUUCACUUCCGCAUCUGGAAAAGCAGAAACGUCUCAGAAGUAACCCGCCAGGUAAAUAACCUGCAUUAAAUCAUGCAAAUGGCAGCACUUUGACUUCCAAACCUGGGCUCAGGUUCCUUCAUCUGUAUACUAGAUUCCAGUCACUAUGUCUCCAGUCCCCUCUUCUUUAUUGUCUGAAUAAGCUUUCUUUUAUGACGUUUUCGUCCACGAAUCCAAAUGGCCUAGUGUUGUUGGGCGACUCGAUCCGUGAUAUGUGAUACUAUUCUGACUCUAAGCUCAGAUUCCUGCAUAGUACACCAAUCUGUGUAUAGAAACAUACAUGUGGUUGUGUUUGGAUUGGGAGACACCAAAGGAGGCAAUUCGUCAUAGGUAGAGAUUUGACGUUAGCAAGAGAAACAAGAGAAGAAAGAAAUGGAAAAAGUUGUGUGGUUUCUUUUCA